AUGACUGGAGAAAGAGGGGCAUGUCUGCCCUUCCUACCUAACCACUGCUGGACUGGGAGCAGAGUACCCUUUGGAUCCAUCUUGGAGAUCUCUGCACUUACCUCUCUCCCUCACCAAAUUCCACCUCUCCCUGGAAAGCUUUCCAAAGUGCUCCAGACAAGAGGCAAAACAUUGACCCUUGACAUGGCUCCAGACACAUUCGAUGAUGCCUACACUGACUGUGUGGAGGACAUGGAGCAGGUUGCCCCCAUCCUGUUACAGGAAGAGAUGGCUCAGCACAAGUUGUUCAGAGAAUCAUGGGAGGCUGCCAGAGCUUCUUUUAAAAGCUAUCAGAACCUCUCCCUGCCCCCAGGCUUCCAAACCCAGCAUGCACUGGCAGUCAUGGUCUAUACUAACUCAUCCAACUCCCUACAUCGGGAGCUGAACUUAGCUGUGAGGGAACUGGGAAGCUCUAUUGAGGCCUACCUGGACAAUUUUCCCUUCAAAGCCUUGCACUUCUACCUGAUGCGGGCCCUUCAGCUACUGAGGAAUCCUGAGAGCUGUAAGGAGGACUCUGGGCAAGAGGUAUUCCGAGGCAAGAGAAGCACCCACUUCAAGCCCAGGAAGCUUGGAGAUAUCAUCCGCCUUGGCCAGUUUACCUCCACUUCCGAGGAGCGGAAGGUGGCCCAGAUGUUCGGCAAUGCCACCUUCUUUACCCUGAGCACAUGUUUUGGGGUCCCCAUCAAGGACCUAUCAGUCUUCCCCAAUGAGCGAGAGGUACUCAUCCCACCCAAUGAGGUCUUUCAGGUAUCUAACUUCUCUCAGGAUGGAACCCAAAACCUGGUGACUCUCAGAAGCCUCAAAAAGACAUGCAGCAACUUCAACUGUGCCUACCUGAAGAAAGAGAAGAUUGAAAAUUGUGAGCUUAAAUCAGGAAACAUUAACAGCACGGUCCUUGGGAAGGUGACCCCAUGGCUUUUUGUGGGAACUCAGCUUCUGCUCCUCAGAAUUUUCUGCUUGACUUCUUCCUAGAGAGACUUUGGCUUUUUCUGCCCUGUCCCCAUUGACCUGCCUGAUCUCCAAUCAUACC